CAGUUUCAAUGUAACUCCUAGACUCUUCCGGUGUAGACAUCCAUGGAGGACAUAACUGUCAUGACAACAAUGUGACUUACCGUUUGUAGUUCCUUUUGAAUCAAUGUUGCCGGUAUAAAUUCAGUGAAUAUAAAGUGAAACUAGUUGCGUUUUUAUCCAACAAGUUCGGUAACGUUUGAUCCACUUUGCGGUUAGCAGGGCUGCACGUUAACGUUAACCUUGGCGUGCACCACAGUAGUUUAACUAUCUGGUGGUCGUUAACUUAACCGUCACUAACUGUCACUAAGGAUACCGAAUUAAAGAUGUCGGGGGUCAGUCGUGGUUUGAGCUCAGUGAAGAUCCUGACCGAAGUUACACUUUUGUCACGUUGCCCAUCGUGUGUGCCGGCACGCAGCAAAUUUACCAAAGCAAGAGUCCCCAAAGAGAUUUUUGAAGAGAGAUCAAAAGAGCAUGAGAGAUAUGGAGGAGAUCCAGAACAACCUCACAAACUGCACAUAGUGACACGAGUCAAGAGUACGAUGAGAAGACCGUACUGGGAGAAAGACAUGGUGAAAUACCUGGGGCUCGAGAAGGCACAUACACCUGUAAUUCACAAAAACACACCUGCAGUCAACAACCAACUGAAAUUUGUCAAACAUCUUGUAAGGAUCCAGCCACUGAAGACGCCCUACGGCCUCCCUGCUGAGCAGGACUUAGGGGACACUUACAUCAACAGCAAAGGAGAGCUGAUCGUCCAUCGCCUUCUCCAGCCUGUAGAUCCCAAAGCUCUCAAAUCCUAGCUCCGCUUCCAGAUCAUGUUGAUGAAAAGUUCAAUUGUUCAUAAAAUGUCAUGAAACAGUUUGUGCUCCAUAGCUUCCUCUUCUGGUUCCUAUACACUGAGCAAAUGGAGUUUGGUUGAAUAGUUUUGUAUCAAAUAUCUAUCUAAAUAUUACUAGUAAGCAACAGAUGAUGGUUCAAUUCUUUAAUAAACAUGGCUUGUAAAAACUA